AUGGCUGGUAAUGUUGCACGUAGUCUCUAUAAGGUCUAUGUAGGGAAUCUUCCUUGGACAGUUGGUCAUUUUGAAUUGAAAAAUUACUUCAACAAGUACGGUCAAGUCGCUGUUGCGAACGUUAUCUUCGAUAGAGAUACAGGCUUGUCAAGGAAUUACGGAUUUGUUUUCUAUCGUAAUAAAGACGAAUUUGAUAAAGCCAUCAACACUGAAGGACACAAGUUGGAAGGAAACACGUUAAAAGUUUUCCCCGCCAACCAGACACAGCCAGAACAAUAGUUAUGGCAACUUCUUUAGAUAGUUUUAACGACCUCAAAGAACUAGGGAUCGAUUGCGAAGAUAACGAUUCUUUAACAGAUACAUUCAACAAAGCUGCUAACCAUCUUCAAAAUCUAUUACCCAACGUGGAUAAUCACACUCUU